AUGUCUCUCCAGAAUGAAUCACAAUUCUCCCCCCAAAAACGACGUCGCGACUCUUUCUCCGGGGCCGACCCCAAGCGUAUAAAACGCCAGCACCCCGCUUCGCAACGCUCCCACAACAAUGACGUCGGGCCAAGUAUCAGCGAGCUGAAGUCGAAGAUACGAGAUAUAAAACGUCUACUCGCUAGAAAGAGUGAUGAUCUGCCGGCAGAUGCCCGGAUUUUUAAAGAAAGAGAGCUCGCAGGAUGUCAAAGGGAUCUAGAAAAGGCGGAACUCAAGAAGCAAAAGUCGAAGAUGAUCCAAAAGUAUCACUUUGUACGGUUUCUAGAGCGCAAACGUGCCACGAAAGAACUCCGGCGGCUUGAGACCCAAAAGCAAAAGGUGGAGAACGACGGCAAGCAAGACGCUAAUACAAAGCAAAAACUGCUUCAUGACAUCAUUACAAAUAUCGAGUCGACGAGGAUCGAUCUUAAUUACACCAUGUAUUCCCCGCUCACAGAGAAAUAUAUCUCCUUAUACCCCAACAAGCGUAGAAAAGCGGAGCCUCCCGAACCGGAGGAAUCCAACAUCAUCCACACAAACUCUGGCGAAAAGCCCCCGCUGUGGUAUGCCGUAAAACAGAGUAUGUCGGACGGCACCCUGGAGCUCCUGAGAGACGGAAAGCUGGGUGUCGGUUUGUCCGGCGAGAAGAAAAAUGACGGAACUACUUCGAAGACACACACUGUAGACUUGCUCAUGCGGAGUAAGAAGAAAUCUACGACGGAGUUUGAAUCGAAGCCAGAUGAAAAUGUCCAUGCGGAACGAAGGCAUAUAGUCAAAUCAACACAGAAGAAGCGAAGUGAUGGCAAAAAGGGGCAAGCCCCGAGAAGUGAUACAAAUAGAGCUGAUGAUUCCGGGAGUGAUAGCGACGGUGGUUUUUUCGAAUGA